AUGUCAGGAGCAGUCAAUUCGCCACAAACGGCAGCUCCUUUGGUGCCAAAUUUAUUACCCGGUGGCUUUCACCGAUUUCGUCCGGUAUCCGAUGCAGAUGAUUUCCCAAACGAAGAAACCAAUCUAGCUAGACCAUUAACAGAUUCAGUAAUCACUAUUCGAAUCAUUAAAAGUUUUGCUUAUCGAUCAAUGAAAGCUUUGGUAUUGCAACAUGUUGAUAUUACCAAAAUGACAGUAGAUCAAUUACGCUCUCAUUGUCAACAAGAAGUUCGUACGAAUUCCGUCUUUAAAGCUUUUAGAUCGUUUGCCGAUAAGCUUGACACUCUCAAGAUUUACACUCGUGCACAUGGAGCCAAAACGACAAACUUGAUCAUCAACCUGGAUCGUCCUGAUUGGAUAUUGGAAGAUGGUACAAAGACUUUGCUUGAAUUAGGCUUGGAAAAUGAAGCAGAAUUAAGUUUGUUCAAUAGAGCCGAUUAUGAAGAAUUCAUUCAAAAUCCAGAAACGAAAUGGUAAUCAACAUGAAAUGGGUCAAAAACAUAUCAUUGUACUUAUAUAUAUAUGGCAUAAUUUGUAAUAACAUCAAUUUUCGGUCAUUCCUAGGGUUGCAAGUUUACUAGUUGUUCUUCUUACUUCACUUUGGCAAUUUGUCCAAAGCGUCAUUUCCACCUGCGUGCAAUCUUCAAACGUAGAUACCGCAUUCGUCAUUGUCUUCACGCAUGUCAACUCCAGUCAUGCCUCAUCGGAAGUGUAGAAUACUGUACAUUUAUGCGAAUGAGAUUUAUCUGAUCUGUG